CAUGUGGAGGGCAAGGGGAGGUAGAUUUGGACGUUUUUGUUGGGGAGCUAUGGUCUUCAAAUGAGAAAGCCACCAAAGCAUCUGAUGCCCUAAAGGCCGUUCAUGAGCAGCCAGAAUCUCACACCCCCAAAAGCAACAAAAAAAGAAAAAGAGGCAUCUAAACAACGACUCACUGUGGUCACCUUUGGGAACUUCUCUCCAACUAAUUAUCUUUGGUUCUACCUUUCAUAUUACUCAGUAAUUUGUCGUCUAAUGUUGCCCCUUGCAGUUGCACAUCACAUGUUUGAAAACGACAUAUGCAAUUAACAUAUAUAUAUAUAUAUAUUUUAAAUUUCUGUAUAGUAGAACGUAUGAUUGGUGUAUAAAUUAAGGUAGAACCGUUCGCUGUCGAAGCUACCUUGAUUGAGAUCAGUGUUGGAUCUCUCACGGCCGGUCCGUCGGCUUAUGCUGGUUUGGUCUUGCAAAUGGUGUGACACUGUUUUUAGAUGGCAUUGGCAUUUGGAUGAUGGCGAGCCCUGUCUCUCUCUCCUCACUCACUCUUCUUCUCCCUGAAGUCUCUACCAUCCUUGGCCAUGGGGUUGGACAGUGAAGUUGGCACUAAAAACUUAGCCUACGAACCUAUGAAGAAACUAAAACAUGGUGGAUUUAAGGCCAACUAUUUUAUCUUUGCAAUGAUGUUCCUGGAUAACAUAGGCUUUGUGGCUAACAUGGCAAGCCUGGUUUUAUACUUUAUGUUCGUCAUGCACUUUGACCUCUCCGGCUCCGCAACCACCACAACAAAUUACUUGGGCACUACAUUCUUGCACACAAUCGUUGGAGGGUUCAUCUCUGAUGCCUACAUGAAUCGUCUCAACACGACUCUACUCUUCGGUGCAAUUGAAUUGCUGGGAUACAUGUUGCUCAUAAUUCAAUCCCAUGACACAAAACUGCAACCUUUACCUUGUGGAGAAUCUACCUGUGUGCAUGGCACAAAAGCCCUGCUGUUUUAUGCUUCGAUUAGCUUUGUGGGACUCGGAGGAGGUGGAAUCAGAGGAGCUGUCCCUGCUUUAGGAGCUGAUCAAUUCGACCACAAAGAUCCAGAGGAGCACAAGUACAUAGCCAGUUUCUUCAAUUGGUUUUUGCUUAGCAUUACAGUUGGUGCUGUGGUUGGUGUCACGUUUGUGGUGUAUGUGAGCUCAAAUGUUGGAUGGGACAUAGGAUUUAUCAUCUCCUUGUCCUGUGCUGCUGUUGGUCUCAUCUUUGUUGCUCUGGGAAAGCCAUAUUAUCGUGUUCGAGUGCCAGGAAAAAGCCCUUUGACAAGGGUUCUAGAGGUUUUGGUGGUAUCUGUAAAGAACUGGAGGUUGGAGGUACCCCAGAGUCCUGAUGAAUUGUAUGAAAUACGCGACCGUGAAUCUGUUUCUCGAGGAGAGCUCAUCCCCCACAGCAAUCAAUUCAGAUUGCUAGACAAGGCAGCCAUUCUCCCUAAAGGCACGAACGGAGCAGGAAAAUGGAAAGUUUGCACAGUCACACAAGUGGAAGAAGUGAAGGUCUUGACAAGGAUGAUGCCUAUCCUUCUAAGCACAAUCCUCAUGAACACAUGCUUAGCCCAGUUGCAAACCCUUUCAAUCCAGCAAGGCACCCUCAUGGACACACGCAUCGGCGAUUUUGACGUCCCAUCAGCCUCAAUCCCAGUGAUUCCUCUAGUGUUCAUGUCCCUUCUCAUACCCGUGUACGAAUUUGCUUUCAUUCCCGUUCUGCGAAAAAUCACAGGUCACCCCAAUGGCAUAACCCACCUACAGAGAGUUGGUGUUGGGCUUAUCCUCUCAGCCAUCUCAAUGGCCAUAGCAGGGAUUGUAGAAGUGAAGAGAAAGCAUGAAAUCAUUCACCACAAUCACAAAAUCAGCCUCUUCUGGCUCUCUUUUCAUUAUGCCAUAUUUGGAAUUGCUGACAUGUUUACACUUGUGGGGCUCAUGGAGUUCUUUUAUACGGAGGCUCCUGUUGGCAUGAGGUCUCUGUCCACUUCCUUCUCUUGGCUUUCUCUGUCCAUUGGCUACUACUUGAGCUCGGUUUUUGUUGAGCUCAUUAACUUGAUCACCAGGAAGCUGACAAAGAGCAAGACAGGGUGGCUAGAAGGGCGUGACAUGAACAAAAGCCACGCGGACCUUUUCUAUUGGUUCCUGGCGAUUCUCAGUGUGCUGAAUUUUGCAGUUUAUGUUUGGUGUGCCAAAUGGUACAAGUAUAAGAACGAUGUUUCACUCGAUGAGGAAAUGUUACUCAAAGCCGGUGGACGCAAAGAUGAUCAAUCGUUCUCUGCAAGUGUAAGCAUUGUGUCCAAGGCAGAAGAGAAAGAAGAAAAACAGAACGGCGCCAAGUAAAAUUGGAUGGCACCAACUACAACUACUAUGUCUUUUUUGAGUUCAUGCAUAGAGAAAGUUUUGAGUUCUGUGUCUAAAAACGUGGAACAAUCAUGGUAUGAAAGGCUGUUUUUAUGAAGAGUAGUAGUAUAUAAUAUAUAUAGGUGGAUGCAUGGACCACACCAUCAUGUAUAAUUGUAAUUUGUACCACCCCGAAAUUAAGGAAAAAAAAAAGAGAUUUGA